UUUUUGUCAAGUCAUAGCGUGUUUCCGGCGGACCUUUUCUGGUGUGACACCAGACCAUGACGGCAGUAGACAGAAUUACAUCGAGCCGCCAAAACUGUGUUUACACCAGCUGUUACUGUGAAGAAAAUGUGUGGAAGCUGUGUGAGUUUGUUAAAACAGAGAGAACUACUCCACUGGAACAACUCUUUGUGGUUUUUAUCUCCAAUGACAAACGGAUGAUUCCUCUGUGGAAACAGAAAUCUGGACAUGGUGACCGGCCUGUGAUCUGGGACUACCAUGUGAUCCUGCUUCAUGUGCGUCCUGAGUCGGACUCUCUGGUUUACGAUCUGGACUCCGAGCUGUCGUUUCCCUGCAGCCUGAAGCUUUAUGGAACCAUGGCGUUCCGCUCGGACUGCCACAUCAGACCGGAGUACCACAGUGUCUGUGACAGGAAGCUCCGUGUGAUUCCUGCUGACAGCUUCCUGUUGAACUUUGCUUCCAAUCGAUCUCACAUGAAGAACCCUGAUGGAACCUGGAAGAUGCCUCCUCCUCCACACCAGCCUAUACAGACUGCAGAGUGCCAGAUGAACCUGGACGAUUUCAUCAGCAUGAACCCUGCUGUUGGCUGGGGUACGGUCUACAGUCUGGAUCAGUUCCUGCACACAUACACAGAAAACUCCACUACAUCAUCAAUUUCAUCGUCUUUACCCUGAUCUUCAUCGGUGUCUUCUUCAUUUUGUUGCUCCAACGGGUUUUUAGUUGGAAGUGUUGGAUCUAAAUACCAGUGAACUCUUAUUUUUGUGUGGAACUGUCUCGGAUCCAAAGUCCUUCACACCAGCAGGUGGAGCUCAUAGAAAAGCAGAAAAAUUGUGUGUUCAAUCCUGUGGUCCUCUGUAGAGACUGAUUAAUGUAUUGAUCCUUUAGUUUCUGGGAAUCUCAUCUAUUCAUAUAUUAUCUACUGAUCAAUAAAUGCUUUUUUAAGCACCUUUGA